AUGGAAACGGGGGUCAAUAUUAGCAGCAGUGAUACAAAAAUAGAGGGAAAAGAAAAUGAGGGAAAAGAAAAUGAGGGAAAAGAAAAUGAGGGAAAAGAAAAUGAGGGAAAAGCAAACGAAGUAAAGAACAAUGAUGAUGCUGAUAAGUAUGAUAAGUACGAUGACGAUGGCGAUAAAAAGAUACCAAAGGAAAUUCAAGAGCAAAUUGUAGGGGUCCCAGAAAGUUGGGAAUAUGUAGAAAAGAGCAAGGGGUGGUUUAUUAUAGAAACUAAUAAGAAUUAUAAAUUUUAUUUUAAUAAAAGAACUAACGAAAAAACAUGGAAAUGUCCCAAAAAGAUAUCAGAAUUAAUUAACGAAGAAAAUUUAAAUGAUGAUGUAGAAAAUAAUAAUAAUUAUGAACAAAAAGAAAAUAGUGAAUAUAUAAAUAAAGAAGAUGAAGAAAUGGAAAAAAUAAUAAAAGAUUAUAAAUCUUUGCUAAUUGAAAAAAAAAUAAAUGAAUUUUGUAAAUAUGAAAAUGUUUUAGGAAAUAUAUUAUAUGAUAAUAGAUUUUUAAAAGUACCCAAAGAUUUAAGAAAAGAUUAUUUUUACAAAUUAAUAAAAGAAAUCAGACAAGACAAAAAUGACCAACUCAAAAUGUUAAUUCAAAACUUUCAAAAUUUGUUAAAAACGUUGGAAAAUAAAUUAGAUAAUAUAUAUAGUAAUAAAAUAGAUAACAUAUAUAAUAAUAAAGAUGAGGUAAUAAAUUUGCUCAAGGGGAAAAAAGAAUAUGAAGGAAAUUAUAGUACCAAAUGGAAAAAUACAAGAAAUAAAUUAUUAGAUAACUAUUUAGAAAAAUUAAUAAAAAAAAAAGAAACUAAAUUAGAAGAAGAAUUUGAAAAAGAUUUAUGGGAUUUUUUACAAACAGAAAAUACAGGUGUAUGGUUUAAAAUUAAAAAUACUUUAGUUAAAAAUAAAAAAUAUGAAUUAAUUUCUAAUGAAAAAAAAAAUAUACUUUUUGAUACUAUUAGUAAAAAAAUAUUAGAAUCUCGAAAACGUAAUAAAAGUCAAAUAAAUAAGAAACGUAAUAGUGCCCAAUUUGAGACCCAUGGCCAAAAUUGGGAAAGCGGUAAAAGCGGUAAGAGCGGUAAAAAUUGCAAAAAUGAUAAAAAUUGCAAAAAUGAUAAAAAUUGCAAAAAUGAUAAAAAUUUAUUUACUACCCUUUUGCAUGAACAAAUAAAAUAUCCAGACAUUGAAAGAAGUUUAGAAUAUUUUCAUAAGCAUCAAAAUUUAAAAGAUAAAAAGUUUGAGGAAGCUGGUUUAAUUUCAGAAGAUAUAUUAAAUAACAAAAAUUAUAAAAAAAUAUUUUUAUCUGAUGAAGAUAAAUAUAUGAUAUAUAAAGAUUUUAUAAAUAACUAUAUAAAUUUAAAAAGAGAAUGUUUUAAUAAAUUAAUUUCACAACUUUCGAUAAAUUUAAUAAAUAAAUCUUUAGAACAAAUUAUACAAAUUGUAGAUGAAAAUAAUCAUAUUUUUAAAUCUAUAAAAUCAAAAUAUUUAAAACAAAUUUAUAUAAAUUGGAAAAAUAAAAAUAUACAUGAAGCAAAAAAUAUAUUUAAAAAAUUUAUUAUAAAAUCAAAUUAUAUUAAGCAUGAUUCAGAUCAAUCUGAUAAAUAUGCUAAGUUGCUUAUAGACCUUUCGGAUGAUAUUAGCUACCGCCGACUGGAUUGCGUGCCCGACGAGAGGGAUCAAAUUAUAAAAGACAGAAUAAAAGAAAUGAAAAGAGAACAUGAAAAAAAUAAAAAUAUAGCUGAGAAAUUAAAUUUCUAA